AUGAACGCAAACGUAAGCUGCUUGAAGGCAUGGACUAAAUACGAUUGGUAUCUUACAAAUUCUUUAAAAACACCUAUGGGUCCAGUAUUUGAUCAACGAUGGGAAGAAUUUGAAGAGUAUAAAAAUGUUCAAGAUACCUAUUAUGUAAAUAAACUUGCUGUCGAAGUAAAAUUCUCUUUUUCGGUUCGUGCAUCUCAUGACGCGCAUAUAUUAAUUUGCAAUGGUACAAAUUAUCUCAAAGAUUCUUGCUAUUGGAUUAUAAUAGGAGGUUGGCAUAAUACAUUGUCUGUUCUACGAAAAUGCGCAACAGGAGUGCCUUUACUUGGAGAAUUUCCCGCAGCAGGUUCGAAAUGCAGGGAACCAUUAGUUUCCUUCAAGCAUAAACCACUAUCUGAAAAUGAAUGGCGAACAUUUAUUAUUACGUGGAACUCUAUAAUGCGGAGAAUAAUUGUUUAUGAUACUGAUAAGAUUAUUAUGACAUAUGUAGACAAAGAAGAAUCUUCAAACGAUAAUUAUCAUAUGUUUAUUAGAAGUAUCACAGCGAUGUUAUUUCGAUUUCAUAUAUAUGAUUUUCUACAUACAACUGUUGAGAAUGCAAUUUUAACAAGUCCUGUCUUCCAAUUUAAUAACAGAACAAUGUGCAUACAAUUGUUAAUUGGUCUCUGCGCCGAAUGCGAAGCAAGUAUAGUCUUGCAUGAUUUUACCAACAAUGAUGUGUUUGUAAUGGUAACAGCAAAAGGCUCGAAAGCAAUUCAUGGCUUACCUACGUGGCAAUCUGUCAAAAUCAAGAUAAAUUCUUCAGCACUUGAUUAUAAUACUGACAGUAAAAUGAUAAUCGAAUUGAUUCCUAAACUAAAUAAAUACAGUUCGAAUCCGUUGUGGGCGAUAGCGAACGUUCGUCAAUGUUCCCAAAACGCUUUGAGAGAGGGUUUUAUGAUUUCUGGGCAAGAUUGGAAUAAUCAGCUUAAAUAUUUUUGGCCGAAUGAGACAUGCCAAAAAUUAUUUUACGAUGAACAUGCCACCGUGAAUCAUUUAUCGAGCAUCAAGUUUGACGCAAAUCUGGAUACUGACACAUAUUGUCCUGAAGGAAAAAUUGGACCGCAAUGUUUAUUUUCUUGUACUCAUCAUCUAAGUAGUAACUCUGAUUGCAAAGGAACUGAACUUUGUUAUGAAUAUGGUUGUAUGUGUGCUUCAGCUUGUAACGCAUAUACAUAUGGUUAUGGUUGUAUGAAGACAUGUGGCUCAUGUUUUUACAAUGAACAAUGUAAUAAAGCAAAUGGAGAGUGUAGUAAAGGUUGCAAUAAUAAUAGUGAAAAAGUUUAUAUAUCACCUUUAUGUCAAACAAGCGUAGACAAGCCCGACGAACCUACAAUUAUUUCGAUAAGUGAGACGACUAUUCACGUCGUUAUUCCUAUAACAUGGAAGGACGAAUAUGAUAAAAUAUCGAUUCAUUAUUCUUUUGACAUUCGAACAAAUAUUAAAUAUAUUGAGCAACCAUGGAACGAGUUAUUUCGAAAUAUGACACAACUUACAGGAAAUUUUGAAAACUUGGAACCUGGUGUUAUUUAUCAUAUCGGUUUGAUCCUGGAUAUUACUGGAAUAAAAAUACAUAGUGAUUGGCAAGUAGCUGAAACUAAAUGCAAUCCGGUUGAAAAUUUCAAUAUAACAUCCAAAGAAAACAGCAUCACUAUUAAUUGGCAACUCAAUCCAACACAAUUAUAUUCAUGUCCGAUAAAUUGGUAUCAUCUGACAGUUUACAAAAUAGAUACGAGUAUGGUAGUCAGUUCUUUAACACCUACAUCCUUUGAAUACGAAUUGGAGUACUUGCCAUCAUACACUUCUUUUGAAGUGAAUAUAUAUCAUAAAAAUCAUAAGUUAUUUUCCCAGGAAAUUCAUACGCUUGAAGGCGUCCCUUCUAAAGUGUCAGAUCUUCAAAGUAUGUUGUCGGCUAAUACAGAACUUAUUCUGAUUUGGAGAGCUCCACUUGAACCGAACGGAAAAAUAGAGAAAUAUGAAGUAUUCUUAAAGGUUGAAGAGUACUUUGGUUGUAAGAACUUAAAAAUAUCUAUACUAACUAAUCACACUAUUAUAAAUUCUAUUACAAACGUACCAACCAUCACAAUUCGAGAUUUACAUCCAUACAGAUCUUAUAGUGCACAGGUCAGAGCUUAUAAUUCACGACAUUUCAGCAUGUUCGCAGAGACAACCUUUAAAACAGCACAGUCUGAGAUACCAUCAGAAUUAUUUAGUCAGUUGACAAUACAAAAUUGGAAACUGUCAUGGAGUCCACCCGAAGAUUGUACAACGAUUUCGGGAGCACUGAAAGCCAGAAUAAGAAUACACGGCAUUAGUGAUGCUGUUAAAUACUUUAAUAUAACCAAACAGACUAGCCGCAAUUAUAUCGAUUUGAGUGGAUUAGAUCCGAAAUUAAACGGUCUUGAGCGAUACAUGGCAACAGUAUAUGUAAUAAGAGAAUUUAUGAGCAAAGAAAAUGCCUCCGCUUAUAAAAAAAUCGAGUUUGAAACUCCAUCGACAGCUCCGCCCGAAGUAACCAAUUUAGAGAUCGUCGAAAUUGAUACUCGUCAAAACUUGAUACAUCUGAGAUGGCAAAGUCCGCUUCCACCUCUCAACGGAAAAUUACGUAUUUAUGGUGUCCAGUUAUGUGACACAUAUAGCAAACAUUGUUCAGAUAUUCAAGUUCAAUUCAAUGAGUUUUGUGACUUGUGGGACGAUUAUAUUUGUAAAGUUAUUCAGAAACCUUUCAUAUUUUCUCUCAAAAUAAUUAAGGUUUUCGCGUACAAUAUGGACGUUACUGAGCCAGGCCUUCCAGUCUUCGUGACUCGCGAUAUGCUUCAUAAUACAACGCCGGAUGCACCUGGAAAUUAUACUUUUACGAUCAACAACAACAGCGUGGUUGAUUUAAAAUGGCUUCAUCCUUGGAAGACAGGUGCUCCUCUUGAAUAUUUUCGCAUUCGAAUUGAAGAAAUCUCCUCAAAUCUGAGAAGACGCCCUUCUCGAUCAUUUAUGGGCGAAAUAUUUGAAUAUCCGGUGACACAAUACAUGCGUAACUACAGCAAACAGUUAUAUUUGUUUCCGUCAACGCAAUACAUUAUCUAUAUUCAAGCUGUGACAAUUGAAAAUAAAUCUAGCAAUACAAAGUUCGUGGAAGUUCAUACGCCUUCAACUGCAGUUUUUGAUGGCGUUCUAGACAUAAUAGACAAAUUCGAUUCCACGAUUUUAUUAAAUAUACCGUUUGUUAUAAAUGACACUCAAGAUAGCAUGAUGUAUGUCAUAAUAAAAGGCCAUAAUCCUUGCGAGCAAUAUUUGAAAAUACCUGAGAAAUUACGAACACGAGCAGGCAUAAAGAUAAACGAAAUCGCAUGGCUAACUGCUGAAGUUUCUACCAGUGAGUUCGCUGGCAAACAAUUCACGGUCGGUGAUAAUUAUAUUUAUGGUAAUGCAAAGAAUUGCCCAUUAAAAUCUAAAGGAUAUUAUGAAAUAGUGAUUAUCGUAACUGAUCGGAAUUUAUUCACCGAGUCCAUUAUGCUUUCAAGAUCGGUUCUUAUUGGUGAAGUCCCACCGAAGCAUCACGAAGCGUGGCUCAUAUCUGUUAUAUUACUCCUUGUUGUGGCAGGCGUAGCUUUUUACUUGUAUCGAAGGAAAAAGCAGAAAUUAACUGAACAGUUAAUGCAAGACGAGAUGAUUCUGUCGCAAAAUAUUGAAAACUUCGAACAAGAAACGAAAUCUUCGAUAUCGAAUUCAAAGCAAAAUCUAUCUACUUCUUCUGACAGACAAUCCCUAUCGCAGACGAUCAUACCGGAAGUACCUAUCGCCGCAAAUAACAACGAAGAGAAAACAGAAAUGUCAUCGUUAGUGAAGGUGAAAGAUUUUGAAAAUUAUGUCAGGCAGGCGAUACAAUCAGGAUUGCUCGAUAAGCAAUAUGAGACAUUUUCAAGAGGACAAACGAAACCGUGGGAUUAUGGGAAAUUACCGCAGAAUAAAUCUAAGAAUCGAUAUGGAAAUCUUAUUGCGUAUGAUGAAACGCGUGUGAUAUUAAAGAAACUUCCGGAUGACGCUCACUCCGAUUACAUCAACGCUAAUUAUAUCACCGGUUAUAAAAAGGAUAAGCACUAUAUAGCAACACAAGGACCCAAACCUAAUACAGUCAUCGACUUCUGGCGUAUGAUUUGGCAGGAAAAUGUUCUUAUUAUCUGCAUGUUGACAAAUGUGAUUGAAAGUGGAAAAACAAAAUGCGAACAAUAUUGGCCAGAUAUCGGUAAGAAGAAGAAAUACGGCGACAUCAUUGUACUAAAUGCGAAGCACAAUGUCUUUGCUGAUUAUUGCUUUAGAAUUUUCAAUGUCACUUGUGGAAAGAAAACUCGUAAGAUAGAACAUCUGCAUUAUACGGCUUGGCCAGACCAUAGUGUGCCAUUAUAUACGCACUCCAUAGUCACGUACUUGAAGAAAUUGUUGGCAACACCACCUGGAAUCGGACCCGUGGUAGUCCAUUGCAGUGCUGGCGUGGGAAGAACCGGGACCAUCAUUUUGUGCGAUAUUUGUCUCCGUCGAGCAGCAGCGGAAGGGCUAGUUGAUGUUUUCGCCGAAACGACGUCCAUCAGAAGCGAAAGAGCUAACAUGGUGGAUAAUAAACAACAAUACCUGUUAGCGCAUUUGGCAUUAGUGGAAUGUUUGCUUUCUAUUCCAACCACAUUGCCGUGUAAUGAAAUGUUACUAACACAAAUUAAAGCGUUAAAGAAACAAUUGCCGCUUCACCAGCAAAGAUUACAGAAUACUGCAUGGCAAGAUGAAGCCCUGCGACAAAUCACGUCUCCUCCAUCAUUAUCGGAGUGUAAUCGAGUUAAAAAUAGAUUUCCGGAAUUGAUUUCAGAUAAGAUCAGUAGAAUAUAUUUGAAAAGAUAUCCAGCAUCAGAUGAAGACAGCGACUAUUUAUCCGCUGUUUAUGUAGACGGAGUAAAAGUUCAGAAUCAAUAUCUAGCUUCACAGCUUCCCAUGCCAUCAACGAUUAAUGAUUUUUGGCGAAUGAUCGCUGAGUUUAAAGUUGAACUUAUUCUAAUGCUGCAACCACCUGAUUUUCAGAAUCCUACUUGUUGCGCCAUUGCUCCUACAAGCGGUGAGUUUAAACCAGUUCCAUAUUUAAAUAUCAUAAUGAAGGAAGUCGUAGAGUUGGAGUAUUAUACCUCACAAAAAUUGUUGCUCAUUGAUAGUUCCGAGAAACCCUCGAGAGAACAAUUUGUUACUAUACUAUGUUUGACGGAGUGGAAACCUGGAAAGAAUCAACUACCACCACCAGUUAUAACAAUGGUGACUCUUUGGCAAGCUGCGGAGAGAAUUGCGAGAGGCGAUGGGCCUACUGUCACACUUUGCCACGACGGAGUAACUGGAUGUGGUCUCUAUCUAGCAUUGAGUUUCCUGCUAGAACGAAUGGCUGUCGAAAGAGAAUGCGAUGUUUCUUUAGCAGUGCGAGCCGUUAGACGAUCAAGACCAGAUUUUGUUCAUUCUUUGGAACAUCUGGAAUACCUAUACGAUGCAGCAGAGACAUAUUUGAAAUAUUUUGAAACCUAUGCGAAUUUUUCAUAAAUUAAAAAGUUAUUAAGUUAUUAAGAUAAGAUAAUAAAGCAGCAUUACAUUGUAUAAUUAUAAAAAGUCGAAUGUAGCAAUAUGCAUAUGUAUUAAAUAUUGAUGUAUAUUAAGUAUAUAAACAUUGAGGUUUUGUAGUG